AUGACAGAUUGUACUUCUAAUGCUACUCCUAUGGUUCUCAAAGAAAAAGAAAAUAUGUCAAAACAAAAUGGUGUAGAUGCUACUUAUUAUAGAAGUAUUGUUGGUGCUCUUCAAAACCUCACAUUCACUCGACCAGACAUUCAACAUGCUGUCAAUAAAGUUUGUCAAUUCUUCAACUCCCCCACAGAACUACAUCUUAAAGCAGUCAAGCGAAUUCUUCGCUACCUUAAAGGUACACAAGACUAUGGCUUACGGUUUAUUUCUAAAAGUCCUCUCUCUUUAUAUGCUUUUUCAUAUGCCGAUUGGGCAGGUUGUCCCCUAACCAGAAGAAGCACAACAAGUUUUUGUGCUUUCCUAGGUGCUAAUUGUAUUUCCUGGUGUUCAAAGAAGCAACCUACAGUUGCUCGAUCUAGUUCAGAAGCAGAAUACAGGUCCAUGGCUUCCACCACAGUUGAAUUAACUUGGCUCACUUUUUUAUUACGUGACAUUGGCAUACAUUUGCUUCAUGCUCCACAAUUACUCUGCGACAAUCUCAGUGUUCUUCAUAUGUCGAUUAAUCCACUUUUUCAUGCGAGGACAAAGCAUAUCGACAUAGACUACCAUUUUGUUCGAGAAAAAGUAGCCAUGGGUCACCUUGUGACACGGUUUGUGCCAUCUUCACACCAAAUAGCAGAUAUUCUCACCAAGCCCUUACCAAAGGCACCUUUUGUUGGAAUUUUUAGCUAA